UUGAGAUGCUAGAUGAUGAAGAACAACAUCCUGAUGUUGGGCUGCAGGCAGCUGAAUUAAACAUCCAGAUGAAGCUUUCAGCUGUGAAAAGAAGAUGGUUCAGAGCUUUUGAAGUGAAUCUUGGGCUGCUGUAUCUUUUGAUUCUGGCUGGAAUCACCGCACGAUAUAUUUUAGUCAAUUUGGAAAAAGAGCAUCUCCAGGCUAAUCGUUCAAUGAAAAUAAUUCAAUUAAAGCAAGAAAUCAAGUUGCUAAAGGAGAAGAUCAAAGAGAAGUGUCCUGAUCGAUGGACAAGAUUUGGAAGCAGCUGUUACUUUAAAUCCACUGAGGCAAAGCACUGGCAAGAGAGCAGGAGAGACUGUCAGGAUAAAGGAGCUGAUCUGGUGAUGAUAAACAGCAAAGAGGAACAGAUAUUUAUCAAUGAACUGAACAUGAGAGGAGAGUCCUGGACUGGUCUGACAGGCAAAAAGACAUCAGGAGGAUAUAAAUGGGAAUGGGUGGACGGAUCAGCUGUGAAUGAAACGUUGUGGGCACCAGGACAGCUGAGUACGAGUUAUGAUUCCUACGGAGUCUGCUGUGACGAUAAUGGGAAGUUGAAACAAGCAGUUGAACAUUAUGUUGGUUACAGCUCUAAGACCUUCAUCUGUGAGAAAUGAGUUUCCUGCUUUGAUGUAAAUGUUUGAAUAAUCCAACCAAAGACACCUCACUAUGAAAUGUCCUGCAUGAGCCUCAGACUCAGCUCACAGUUGUUACUUGUUCAUUCUGCAUCAUAUAUUGAUUACAUAUAUUGUCCCUCUGUGCUCUGUGCUGUACAGUAAGGUUGGAAGUCAUCCACACAAAAACUUGAAGUACUUCAUUACUCUGUAGUUCCAGCAAAUUGUUCUAAUACAAGUCAAAGUGCAGCUUGUCUUUACUUUGGUUUACUUGGUUUAUUCAUCAGUCUGUUGGUGCUAAAACUACAGUAAAUGUCUUCUUGAGUUUCUCUCAAUCAGCUGAAAGUAGUUGCUUCUUAUUAUUAGCUAUAAAUUUUGACAGGAGAUUGAAAUGAAGAAGAAAAGCAGA